AUGAAUAAUCAAAUCUUCCCAUUGAGUGCACUCCCGGAAGAACUGGUUCUCUACAUCAUCAAGGAACUAGAUAAUCAGUCCUUAAGCCUUCUCGGGCUUACAUGUAAAUGGCUGUAUCGGAUCUGUCGUGUCGAGUUGCUGCACAUCGCAAAAAGGAUUGGCCGUCCGGAACAAAGGUUCUUUGACAAACUAGAUGUCAGGAUCAUGGAAGACCAUGAUGUGAGGUCAGGGAUGACGGAAGAAGACUAUGCAGAUGAGUUGUGGAAUCCCGAAAACUUUGCCGAGGAACCCUUUUCAGGGGCAGUCGAAAGAGGCGCUUAUGAUUCCGUCAAGUUUUUCCUGGAGGCAGGACUCUCUGCAAAUACUUUCAACCUGCAUCGCAUAACGAUGCUCCAUGCCGCUGUUGGAGCUGGCCAUGUCGACAUUGUUAGGCUAUUACUCGAGAACGGCGCCGACGUCACUCUCACAAUCCGAGGGGGCCUGACCCCCUUGGACAAGGUGUGUGAUGCUCCAGCGAGCACUCAGAGGGAGUUGGCACGACUCCUUCUUGAAGCUGGCAGCAAAGUCAAAUUCAUGGAGAGCCUGCUUUUGGCAAUUUUCCGCACAGAGGGCCAUGCCUUACUACUUCAAAUGCUGAUUGAAAAAAACGACCUGAACCUUCACACAUGGCGGAAUCGCGAUUCUGGCUUCACUGCUUUACAUCUUGCAGCAGAGAUUGAUGGCGCUAAUGAGGCCGGAGACAAGGCUUCAGCAGUCAAGUGCGUUCUGCACCAUGCGCCGGAACUUCUGAAUGAAUUCGGGUCUCAAUACCCCUGGGACGAACCACAGACGGCUCUCAUUGGGGCGAUACGGUCUGGGAGCCAGGCCAAUGGAGUCUGUUUGAUCGAAAGGGGAAUUACACUCGCGGUGAAUCAUGAUAGAAACACGCCUCGGUAUGAUGCCCUUGAGCAAUUGAACCAGGCAGCAUUCCGUCGAAAGCCAGAUGUAAUCCGGGCAUUAUUGGCCCGUCCUGAAAUGACCGCAUAUGGGUCCCUAGACUGGAAUCCCGAGAUAGAGUCUGAAAUUAUCGCCAGCAUGCUAGGCCAGCUCUUUAAGGGCGACGGUACUCUGAUCCGCCAAAGUGUCGAGGUCAUGAAGCUAUUGGUAGAGGGGCGCCACUUUCCUCAUGAUGCUAGGCUCAUCAACAGUUGCGGAAGCAUAACGAAGGAUAAAAGAAGGAAGACGGACCGCGAAAAUUGUGAAGUGAUGUUGGAAUUGUUGGAGAAGGCCAUGCCAUCCGAACACCCGCAGUGA